AAAUCAAUGCGGCUGUGGACGCCGACGGUCGUGUGCGCGUGAACGAAUAUUAAAACAGGAAAAGCAAUCAAACAAAAGAACAAACAAUUUAUUGAACAGCAGCAGCAGAGUGCGUGAGAGUGUAAGGUGGCGAGAGCGAAUAGGCGCAAGUUUGCAUAUUUUGUGUUUAUGUUCUACCUGACAUUCGGCAGCUUUUGCUGUGAAUUGUGAAUGUAGCCACAAAGUGAACGAGCCGAGAAAUCACGGCCCAAAGCGAAUAAACAAGAAUCGUAAAAAGAACGGCCAUAAAACGCAGGUCUCGCUCCGAGCUCCGAGUCUGUAAAUUAAUCCAAAUCAAAAAGUUGCGUUGUGGCCAAGGAAUUAGCCACUGCUGGACAGUCAGCAGCCCCCAACCAAACCGACAAUCCCCCAAACGAGAGCCCUCCAAAAGCUGGCUGAACGGCAGCGCCAUGGAUGAUGAGUUCAAGCUCUGCUGGAAAAACUUCCAGGAAAACAUUGCCAGCGGAUUUCAGAACCUAUACGACCGCGGUGAUCUCGUGGACGUGACCUUGGCCUGCGACGGCAAACUGCUGCAGGCCCACAAGAUAGUCCUGGCCAUAUGCAGCCCCUACUUCCAGGAGAUCUUCACCAGCAAUCCCUGUCGGCAUCCCAUAAUCAUUCUCAAAGAUGUGAGCUUCAACAUUAUGCUGGAACUCUUGGAGUUCAUGUACCAGGGCGUGGUGAACGUGAAGCACACGGAGCUGCAGUCGUUCAUGAAGAUCGGACAGCUGCUGCAGAUCAAGGGCCUGGCCACCAACUCCAACUCCUCGCCGGCGUCCAGUGCAUCGGAGAAGUCUGCUAGUCAACCGCCCAACCAUGGCCAGGCGGAGGAGUCGUCCCCCAGCAAUGCCCACAAUAACAGCCACAGCAAUAGCCAUCACAACUCCAGCAACAGCGCCAACAGCACCGCCAACAACAACAGCAACAACAUCACGAAUAACAGCAGCAGCAGCAGUACCUCCAACAGCAAAUCGGAUGCGGAUCACUGUGAAGCCAAGGGUCAGAGCACGCAAAGUAACUCGCGGACCACUUCGCCAGGCGGUGCCAGCAGAGCCUCCAGCGAAGCCAGCCACCUGUAUGCCCUGAAUAAGCGACCAGCGCCUUCCGACUUCAGCAACGACUCCCUGUCAAUCUACUCGGGAAAGCAGCAGCGGCGUUCCAUGAAGGAGCACACCGGUGGGCAGCACGAGGGCAGCAGCGACACUGCGGAUAACGGCGCCAUGCUGGAGAACCCCCUGAACACGGAGGAGUUCUUCCUGCCCCCCAUUCCGCACAUUUCGCUGGGCGAACCGCGAUACGAUCUGGGUGGGCUCAAGCGGGAACAGGAUGGCCAUCAUGGACCGGGUGGAGGAGGAAGUUCAGGCAGCGUUGGCAGUCUCAGCUCCUCGGCCUCCUCCUCGACGGCAGUCAACACGCUCCGCAAUCCCUUUGGGCCGGCCUUUAAUCUGGACUACAACUUCUACAAGCCGAGCGGCAACAAUAGCGGCGGGCCGAGCGGUAGCUCCAAUAAUUCGGGACCAGGGUCGGGAGGCAUCAGCAACAAUGGAUCCUCUGGCCUCGGCCUCGGCCCCGGCUCCGGCCCCGAAUACCCGAAUGAGCUCUACAUGCCCAACGAUUACUCCAAGAACUUUGCCAAUCAUAUGGACAUACCGUCAAAUGGCAGCAACAUGGUGAUGCUAUCCACCACCUCGCUGCUCCAUGGCAACUGCGUGUUCAAUCGCAACAACACGGUGGCCACGCAGCAGGGCAUGAAGACCUACUGGCUGUGCAAGUCCUACCGGAUUAGCAUGUGCCGGGCCCGCUGCAUCACCCACCUGGGCAGAAUAAUCUCCGCCACGGGCGUCCACAACCACACGCCCCAUAUGCGCGGCAGCCAAGGGACGGCGGCUGCAGCAGCAUCCGCAGCUUCGGGUAGUAGUGGCAACCCCCCAGUGACGAUCUCGCUGGCAUCCCUCCCCAAUCAUAAUCAGCCCGGCGGCUACUCCAUUGCGGAUGGGAGUCACAUUGGAGCGGAUCUGAAUCACGGCGGCGGCCCCACCAGUAGUCGGUUGGGUGCAGCCAGCAACAUGUUUGCCAACCAGACGUCACCUCCGGCAGCAGCCUCACAUCAUCACCAUCACCUGGGCCAGCCGCUGCCCAACCUCCUGGUGCAGCAUCAUCCGACAGCGCCGCAUAUGGAGCAACACGGCGGCAUGGGGACUGGAGCGCCACCCUCGAAUGUUAUGCACAAUCCCAACCUGAUGCAUUUGCCCAUGCAGCCGCACGCCCAUCACCACCACCAACAGCAACAGCAGCAGCAGCAACAGCAACAACAGCACUCUCCCCACGCCCACCAUGCGACAGGAGCGCCGCCACCGCCUGCGUCCCAGCACCAUCUAGAGCUGGGAGGGGGCCAGGGCGUGCUUCUCUCACCCGCUCAUAUGCAGCAAAGUCCGCAGUCGAAUCGAAGCAGCCACUCCAUGCAUGCCCAGGAGUCGCCGCUGGGCAUCAAGAGUCCGCCCCCACCACCCGGAGAGGAGCAACAGCAGCAACAACAACAGCAGCAGCAGCGAGUGGACAUCAGUUCGAGUGCCGAUGGGUCGGCAGAAAGUGCUGCCGCGGGGACGGCGCAUGUCAUCAACUCCAUUACGAUAUCCCCCAGCAGCAGGCACAGCUUCAAGAUGGAGAACAUUUAAGGUUGCAGGCUCCGCUCCUGGCGCACCGCUCUAGAGGAGCUCUAGGCUUUAAGGAGGAGUAAUUUAUUGCGGCUGGAGCCGCGUAGCUAGUGUCUGUAGUAGAAAUUGAAUGCGACAACAAAUUGAAUAUGAUUCGAGUCGCACGUGUACAUACUGACGUGUAUAUCUGUUUGAUAAACUAAUGCAAAAUGAUAAACUAAUACCACUCA